CCAGCUUCCCCACAAUGCCCCGGAAGUGCCCCUUCCCUCAGUAAAGAUGGCAGUAACCCGUGACACGAGAGGGGCGGAGCUGCGCCUGCGCGACAAGUUCGGCGGGGGAAGAUGGCGGAUGACAAGGAUUCUCUGCCCAAGCUUAAGGACCUGACAUUUCUGAAGAAUCAGCUGGAGCACCUGCAGCAGCGUGUGGAACGUGAAGUCAACAGCGGUGUGGGCCAGGAUGGCUCGCUCUUGUCCUCCCCAUUCCUCAAGGGAUUCCUGGCUGGCUAUGUGGUGGCCAAACUGAGGGCAUCAGCAGUAUUGGGCUUUGCAAUAGGCACUUGCACUGGUAUCUAUGCAGCUCAAGCAUAUUCUGUGCCCAAUGUGGAGAAGACAUUGAAGGACUACUUUCAGUCACUGCGCAAGGGGCCUGACUAG